AUGGCGGGCGAGAAGUUGUACGGCUCGCCGCCCAACACCAGUGCCUCGGUAGCGUUCAACACAGAGUACCAGAAUAACGAGGCCCCGAGCCUGCAAGAUUCCACAGAGGAUCUUGGCGGCAAUCCAUUGGCCGUUACCCUUGACAUAGGUAAGCCAGAGAUUGAAACCCAGAGAACCAAGCGUAGACACCAAAUAAACGGGUCUUUUUCCGUACUGUUGGGCCAGCGGCAUCAACAGCAGGUUUCCCAGACCAAGAAACAAAAAGAAGUAACCAGUACCGUUGUUCAAGUCCGAAAGACUAAUUCCACUGUAGUCGGAGAUUUCCGUGAGAAUGGAAUAAAUACAACACGACGGAAUACCACCGCCAAACACGAAAACCACCAAACAGAAGGCGUGCAUCAACUUGCGGCCUUUGCUCCAGUUAAGCGGGUCGUUGGGGUCGUUGGACGGCUCGGGAAUCAGCACGAUUCCCGUCUUGGUUUCAGCCACAUGGGCAGACUUGUCCAGAUCAACAAGGUGAGAAGUUCCGGGAACAGCAGAGUAGUCAAUUUCACGCAUGGGGUUGCUGGAUGGUCUAACUGGUAG